AUGAAUUCUUUCAUCCUGCUGUCGCUUUUUGCAACGAUGAUCUCCGGAAAGUCACCUCGGCUGAAAUUUGUCCUGCACGAGGCCUCCAAGUUCCACUUCAACAAACCUGAGAACUACAUCAGCAUGUACCACCAGGAGGGGAGCGAUCAGCUGUACGUGGGCGGCCAGGCCAUGGUCUAUGUGUUGACGUUCACUAACAGAGGGGUCCGCGACCUGCAGAUCCCAGCGGCAUCCGACCAGACUGCAAUUGAUACCUGCAAAGCAAAGGCUGCACCACUCGAGAUGGAGUGUGAUAAUUUCAUCACCGUCAUUCAGAAAGUAAACGACACAAUAAUAGUGUGUGGGACAAAUGCUGGAAGCCCCAGGUGCUGGAUGCUGGUAAAUGAUACGGUGCUGACGGAUGUUCAGGGCAACGGGCUGAUAGCGGCUGCCUCUGACAUCUCCCCAGCCUACCCUUCUCAGAGGUCCAUCAGCUUGCCUGCAGAUGGGAGCAUGUACUCCGCCAUGUCGUCGGUGGCAGGUCACGCCGGCUCCAUCCGCCGAACGUUUGGCUCCCAGAAACUCCUGAAGACGGAGAACAUUUGGCUGCUGAAUCCACAGUUUGCCGGCGCAGCCAUAAUCCCCUCUUCCAUAAAGUACAAGGAGGAGAUCUACUUCUUCUUCAGUGAGCUCAACAAGACAGCCAGAGUGGACGAGGAGCCUUACAAGGCCCGCAUCGGCCGAAUCUGCACGGUGGAUGAAGGGGGCAUCAAAGCCCUGCUGGCAGACUCAUGGACCACCUUCAUGAAGGCCAGGGUGAUGUGCGGCGCAGGAAACACUCAGCAGCAGUACAACAACAUGAAGCAGGCGGUGGUGCUGACGGCGCAGGACAAGAGGGCCGGAGUCCUGUACGGCCUGUUCUCCAACGCAUGGGGCAGAACAGUGAUCUGUGCGUACUCCAUAGAAGACAUCGACCAGGCCUUCACCACAUCCAAACUGAAGGGCUACAGCAGUCCAUUCAUGGGGAGUCGCCCUGGGGCGUGUGUCCGGAAAAACUCGACAGCUGGAGGUCACAACGACAUCAAGAACCUCGGGGUGAUCAGAUACCACCCGGAAAUCGAGGACGUUAUCCGGCCCGUCGGCGUGGCUCCGCUCGACCUGCCCACGGACGACCAAAUCACUCACGCUGUGGCGGACAUCGUCCUGGCGGUCAACGACGAGCACUACAGCGUCCUCUACCUCGGAACAGACCAAGGGAAAGUUCUCAAAGUUCUUCACAGCAGCGAGGGCGUCUUCAUCAUAUCUCAGUACUCUCUGUUCCACAACGAGGGCCCCGUUCUAAACAUGGCCAUCGACUCCCCAAAGGGACACCUGUAUGUCGGUACAGCGAUGGAGGUCCAGAGGCUGCCGCUGGCUGACUGUGGUCGCUAUGGCGACACAUGCAGGGAGUGCAUCCUCUCCCGUGAUCCGUACUGCGGCUGGGACCGGGCCAGGAGGAAGUGCAUCCCCAUCCCGCCCGGAUACAACGUCACCACCGGGACUCUCAUUCAGAACCUGGACCAUUCAAACUCCUCGGUUUGUGGGGAAGCUGCUGCUCUGAAGCAGCGUCGCACUUCCCCCAGAGAGGUGAUGGUGCAGGCCAACACCUCCAUCUUUCUCCCUUGCCCCGUGUGCUCCUUCCACGCCACCUACCGCUGGGAGAGAGACAACUAUGUCAAGAACUAUCCCUGCCUCUUCUCCGGGGACUUCUGCAUCCUGGGCCCGACCAUGGACACGCCCCUGAGGGAAGGCGUCUUCCGCUGCAUGGCCACCGAGGAUGGGUUCAAGGUGGAGGUCAUCUCCUUCAGGCUGGUGAACGACGGCAGGCUGCUGGCCGCCUCGCUGGCCUCCACCUUGGGGCCGUCGCUCCUGCUCGCCGUGGGCACCCUGUGGCUCCAUUAA